CGCGGCCUGCCGGGAAUGGUAGUUUCGAGGCGCACGGGACUCGCCCUUUCCGAGGUCGGGCGCUGCGUUCGCUCGGCGCAGGCGGUUUGCGACAGCCGUAAAGCACCCCCGCGUUCCCUAUCCGGUGGGGGCAGAAGAGAAGGAAGGGCCGGGAGGCCUUGCGUGAGCGCGCGAGGAGGGACGACGCGGGAGCCCGGGGUGCCAGUCCCCACCCGCCCCAGCCCUCGCUCCGCCCGGUCUCGCGGGGACCAGCGCCCCGUCGCCCCAGGAUGUUCAAGAUUUGAUGAAAAAGAGAAUGUAUCAAACUGCAUCCAGUUGAAAACAUCUGUUAUUAAAGGCAUUAAGAAUCAACUGAUAGAUCAGUUUCCGGGUAUUGAACCAUGGCUAAAUCAAAUUAUGCCAAAGAAAGACCCUGUUAAGAUAGUACGAUGUCAUGAACAUAUAGAAAUUCUCACGGUAAAUGGUGAACUGCUGUUCUUCAGACAAAGGGAAGGGCCCUUUUAUCCCACACUGAGGUUACUACAUAAAUAUCCAUUCAUUCUACCACAUCAACAAGUUGAUAAAGGAGCCAUUAAAUUUGUACUUAGUGGAGCAAAUAUAAUGUGUCCUGGCCUGACGUCUCCAGGAGCUAAACUUUAUCCUGCUGCUGCUGAUACGAUUGUGGCAAUAAUGGCAGAAGGAAAGCAACAUGCACUAUGCGUUGGAGUCAUGAAGAUAUCAGCAGAUGAUAUAGAGAAAGUCAACAAAGGGAUUGGCAUUGAAAAUAUUCACUAUUUAAAUGAUGGCCUUUGGCACAUGAAGACAUACAAGUGAAAACAGCAGGAAGUAUGUGACUUGCUUCCUGCCAGCGUGGACUACUCUGUAAUUCUGUUUUUAAAUGUGUACCUGAAUGUACAAAUUUAUUUUGUUCCGUGGCUAUGCUAAAUAAAUCAAGUGAAUGCUGAA